UUCCUUUCCCCCUUUCCAUGAAGGGAAAUCUACAAGUGGCCUGACAUUCGAUGUUCUAGAAAAUUCUGAGGCUUGUUGCUUGACUUCUUUUAAAGCUGAAAUAAUUGAAGAGGAGCAGAGGCCUUCUGCUUGGGAGGAUUCUGUCCUACAGAGAAUGUUCUGCACCCAUUGACACUCCAGAUCCAACUCCGUCUUCUGAAAUGAUCCCGACUCCCAGAAUGCCCCUGGUGCUGCUCCUGCUCUUGCCCAUCCUGGGUUCUGCAAAAGCUCAGGUUAAUCCAGCCAUAUGUCGCUAUCCUCUGGGGAUGUCAGGAGGCCACAUUCCAGAUGAGGACAUCACAGCUUCGAGCCAGUGGUCAGAAUCCACGGCUGCCAGAUAUGGGAGGCUUGACUCUGAAGAAGGAGACGGAGCCUGGUGCCCUGAGAUUCCAGUGCGACCUGAUGAUCUGAAAGAAUUUCUGCAGAUUGACCUACGUACCCUCCACUUUAUCACUCUUGUGGGGACCCAGGGACGCCAUGCAGGGGGUCAUGGCAUUGAAUUUGCACCCAUGUACAAGAUCAACUACAGUCGAGAUGGCACUCGCUGGAUCUCCUGGCGUAAUCGGCAUGGGAAGCAGGUGCUAGAUGGGAACAGUAACCCUUAUGAUGUUUUCCUGAAGGACUUGGAGCCGCCCAUUGUAGCCAGAUUUGUUCGCCUUAUCCCUGUCACUGACCACUCCAUGAACGUGUGCAUGAGGGUUGAGCUUUAUGGUUGUGUCUGGCUAGAUGGCUUGGUGUCUUACAAUGCUCCAGCUGGACAGCAGUUUGUACUCCCUGGAGGCUCCAUCAUUUAUCUGAAUGAUUCUGUCUAUGAUGGAGCUGUUGGAUACAGCAUGACUGAAGGACUAGGCCAGUUGACUGAUGGGGUAUCUGGCCUGGAUGAUUUUACCCAGACCCAUGAAUACCAUGUGUGGCCCGGCUAUGACUACGUGGGUUGGCGGAAUGAGAGUGCUACCAAUGGCUACAUCGAGAUCAUGUUUGAAUUUGACCGCAUCAGGAAUUUCACCACUAUGAAGGUCCACUGCAACAAUAUGUUUGCUAAAGGUGUGAAGAUCUUUAAAGAGGUCCAGUGCUACUUCCGCUCUGAAGCCAGUGAGUGGGAACCCACUGCCGUCUCCUUUCCCCUCGUCCUGGAUGAUGUGAACCCCAGCGCUCGGUUUGUCACAGUGCCCCUCCACCACCGAAUGGCUAGUGCCAUCAAAUGCCAGUACCAUUUUGCCGACACAUGGAUGAUGUUCAGUGAGAUCACUUUCCAAUCAGAUGCUGCGAUGUAUAACAACUCUGGAGCCCUGCCCACCUCUCCUAUGGCACCCACAACCUAUGAUCCCAUGCUUAAGGUUGAUGAUAGCAACACUCGGAUCCUGAUUGGCUGCUUGGUUGCCAUCAUCUUCAUCCUGCUGGCUAUCAUCGUCAUCAUCCUGUGGAGGCAGUUCUGGCAGAAGAUGCUAGAAAAGGCUUCCAGGAGGAUGCUGGAUGACGAAAUGACAGUCAGCCUUUCCCUGCCCAGCGAGUCCAGCAUGUUCAAUAACAACCGCUCCUCAUCACCAAGUGAACAGGAGUCCAACUCGACUUAUGAUCGAAUCUUUCCCCUUCGUCCUGACUACCAGGAGCCAUCCAGACUCAUCCGAAAGCUCCCAGAAUUUGCUCCAGGGGAGGAGGAGUCGGGCUGCAGCGGGGUUGUGAAGCCAGCCCAGCCCAACGGACCUGAGGGCGUGCCCCACUAUGCGGAAGCCGACAUAGUGAACCUCCAGGGAGUGACAGGCGGCAACACCUACUCAGUGCCGGCUGUCACCAUGGACCUGCUCUCGGGAAAAGACGUGGCCGUGGAAGAGUUCCCCAGGAAACUGUUGACGUUCAAGGAGAAGCUGGGAGAAGGCCAGUUUGGGGAGGUUCACCUCUGUGAAGUGGAGGGAAUGGAAAAAUUCAAAGACAAAGAUUUUGCCCUAGAUGUCAGUGCCAACCAGCCUGUCCUGGUGGCUGUGAAGAUGCUCCGAGCAGAUGCCAACAAGAAUGCCAGGAAUGAUUUUCUUAAGGAGAUAAAGAUCAUGUCUCGGCUCAAGGACCCAAACAUCAUCCGUCUCUUAGCUGUGUGUAUCACUGAUGACCCGCUCUGCAUGAUCACGGAAUACAUGGAAAAUGGAGAUCUCAAUCAGUUUCUUUCCCGCCACGAGCCUCUGAGUUCUUGUUCUAGCAACGCCACAGUCAGUUACGCCAACCUGAAGUUUAUGGCUACCCAGAUUGCCUCUGGUAUGAAAUAUCUCUCAUCCCUUAACUUUGUCCACCGAGACCUGGCCACACGAAACUGCUUAGUGGGCAAGAACUACACCAUCAAGAUAGCGGAUUUUGGAAUGAGCAGAAACCUGUACAGUGGUGACUACUACCGGAUCCAGGGCCGGGCAGUGCUCCCCAUCCGCUGGAUGUCCUGGGAAAGCAUCUUGCUGGGCAAAUUCACCACAGCAAGCGAUGUGUGGGCCUUUGGGGUGACUCUGUGGGAGACUUUCACCUUCUGCCAUGAGCAGCCCUACUCCCAGCUGUCGGAUGAGCAGGUUAUUGAGAAUACCGGAGAGUUCUUCCGUGACCAAGGGAGGCAGACUUAUCUCCCUCAGCCAGCCAUUUGCCCCGACUCUGUGUACAAGCUGAUGCUCAGCUGUUGGAGAAGAGAUACCAAGCACAGACCAUCAUUCCAAGAAAUACACCUUUUGCUUCUUCAACAAGGGGAUGAGUGAUGCCAUCCACGCCUGCCGAUGUUCCUGUGGCCCAGGUCCUCCCCACAAGACCUACCGCUAGCCCACAUCUAAGCCACUCCAUCUGGACAUUUAAUGGACCCGAGAGACAGAGAAUUGUUCACUUUGCCCUCUUGUCCCCUCCAGUACACUUCCCUACCCCCUACCACUGACUCAUAUAUAUACUUUCUUUUUGUACUGAAAUAACUAAAAGAGAAAAAAAUAGAGCAGAUAAAAUUUAGUAAAAAUAUUACUUGAUAUACCAAAGUGUUAGAUCAUAAAGGCUAGAAACUCAGAUAAUUUAUAAAGGUUAUGCUUAUGUUUAUAAGUGUGCAGAUCCUACAAUAUUUUUCCAUGUUUCUUUCUAUAAAAUAUCUUUAGAAAGAAAAACUUGAAGAAUACGAAUGUUUUGGGAAGCAUGAGAUUAGGCUUAAGGAAAAUACUUGGUGGCUCUGAAGAAUUGCAGGACUUGGCAUUCCAUAACUGAUGGAUGUUUUUCUGUCUGGACAUAUCCCACUCUCACUCUUAAAUCAAUCUCUCUCUCUCUCUCUCUCUCUCUCUCUCUCUCUCUCUCUCUCUCUCUCUCUCCUGCCUCUCUCCUCUCAAAGUGAGUGACAUGUACUUGAAAGUUAAAAAGCUCUAUCUUGUAUCUUGGAAUGAAUAUUUUCUUCAUUCAUGGGCAGAGAUCAGGGUGUAACUGUGAAACAGGGCAUAUGGGCAGGAAAAAGUGUGUUGUAAGGCUCGAAGGGCAGUAGUUAUAUACAGAAAAGAAAGGUUGCACAGGAUUCUCAGUGGACAGGGUCAUAGGAAAGGAGGUCCAUGGACGACGAAUAGCAGAUGUACUAUUUGUUGUUCCCAUGUGAGGGUCUUUAUCUUAACCAUUUUCACCCCUGUCUUUCAGUGACAACUUGACUUUUUAUUAAGUAAAAGCCCAACAUUUUGGUAUGUUAAGGCUGCUCCUUUGGUUCAUCUUGCCCAGUUCUAUUUCUUUCAAUAUGUGAUGCCUUUGUGGGACCUAUAGGCUAGGAUUUGAACUUCUCAGGCAGAAGUAUCCGAUGCCAUGUACAACAUACAGUAGAUCCAUUCUGAGUAUUCCCUAAAGGUUGGCCUAGACCACUGAAAGGAAAGUAUAGGAGGGCUGAUUUCCACCCUUUAUUUGCGGAAAUAUGGAGAGAAUCAGAACACACAGGUGUGAAUGGGCUUCCCCAGAGAUGGGGAGGCUCUCAUCUCUGAAAACGUUCAGCUAUUAGUUGAAGAAGUAUGCAAGAAAGAGGUUCUUGACCACCGGAUACAUGUGUCUGUAUGGGAUGAUGAAAGGUUGACCGUUCAGUGUUACUGAAUGGGCUUUUGCCAUAGGGAUGGUGGCCAGCAGCCAAGCAGGAGGUUCUAGUUUCAGGAGUCAUGGAAACUGAUACACAAUCUAGAGGAGUCGCCUAAGAGCAGAUCUUAAGUGUUCAUACUCUAAAGACUCUCAGAUUCAUCAGGAAACUAGAAUACAGAAACCUAAGUCCUGUAGAGGAAAACCAAGAAAAGAUUACUGAAUAAGCUCCCUAAGCUGAGGUAAAAUAGUUGUGGUCUCCUGUCUAUCCAGUCAGCUUGCUCUGUGGUCUCUCAGAAGCCGGCCUCGUUCUUGGUUGUGCCUUUAGUAUGGCUCCAGGACACAGCAUAGGUGUGGCUCUAAGACUUAUUUGCAGAUUCCAUUCAGUCAGCGAAUUCCUCUUCCCUGCAGCUGUUGUAUCCUUCUCAGCUUUUAGUCUUUCCCGAGACUAACUGUGGGUCAUUGAUUAGAGAGGUAGGCGAGCAUUGGGUUGGGAACCCCGGCCCUCUUCCUCUCUCAAGCCAAGUAUGCCAUCUUCCCAAGUUUCAAUGUCUCCAUAAGUUUGUUUCCUUCUCUGUCUAAUGAGUAACCUGAACUAGACGGCCUGGAAAUGGAAAUCUCUUGGAGUUCUGCUAUGUUUUGUGCUUGCUGGAGAACUAGAUUUGAGAUUGGGGUAGGUCCAGUUACUCUCUUGCUCAGAAAAUAGUGGCCAGUAAAAAGAGCUCCUGAGAGACCACAUUGUAGUUACACUGACGCCUGCAUCAUAUCUGCUCUAGAGAGACCAGGUAUUUCCACACGUGAUCUCAUUUGAUAUUUCUAGGGCCAGACAUGUUUCUUUCCCAACUCUUGACUAUGCACUCUUUAGGAUUCUGAUCCAACUCACUGUCUCUCUUUACCUGUCACUUAAAAGUCAUCUUUAAAACAAAAUUUCCCUGACUUUUCAUCAUGGAACCAAUCUGUUCCAGAUUGCUAUCAAAUAUGUACCAUCAUAUAUACAGAGACCAUUUUCCUUCCUUCCUUCCUUCCUUCCUUCCUUCCUUCCUUCCUUCCUUCCUUCCUUCCUUCCUUCCUUCCCUC